AUGACAAGAUCGGGUUAUUUGCCACCGAAGCCAGAAUGGCCGCCAGAGAAGCAGAAGAAAUGGGAUCAGUAUAUGGCCGCUUUAGGAAGAUAUCCAGAAAAAGAGCAGCCAAGCCAGUACAAACGUGAAAUACAGUGCUUCACAUGUGUCAAUGCGAAAACGAACGACGAGUGCAAUGCUGCAGGACAAACCACCUGUCAACUAGCCGAUGCGUCGUGCAUGACAGAAGUCAGAAACUUUGGCUACGGCGAAAAGCUCAUUUCAAAGAAGUGCAAAGACAAAAACUCCUGUCACAUUCAGCAAAAAUCGAAUAAUUAUUCCGGAAGAUGGGGAAAACAAUGUCAGCCAGAUUGGUUCGAAAGCGUUUGCCGAUGCUGUUGUAUGGAUGACUUAUGCAAUGCUGCCGAGCUUCCAUGCUUAGGCGUCGUUGAGGAGAAAGAUUGCGACUUAGCUCCUACCUUGAAGCCUCUUAAUGGAACUGUUUCUUGCUCAAAUGGAAAGAAAACCAAUUCUAAAUGCACAAUUACUUGCGAUGAAGGUUUCACCAUCAGCGGCGGAAAAGGAGAUUCAACAGCAAUAAAUUGCGCUGGCAGUGGCAAGUGGAGUGGGCUUAUCAAUAACGCGUAUCCAAAAUGCGAAAUCAAAAGAUGCCCGUUUAUUCUCGACAAUCCAAUAGAAGGUGUUACGUCAUGCAGCUUGGGCGAGGAGUAUGGAUCGAGUUGCUCGAUAUUUUGCAACCAGGGAUACUCUCUUACUUUCAAAGAACGAGUCACCCCAGUAGAUCAACUUAUCGUAUCAUGCGUGCUCGUUGAUGGGCAACUAACCUGGCAGUACAACGAGAGCCCCGAACUUGUUCAAGAAGAAGAGCGUCUUCUUCAGGAUUCUACGAAUAUGCCAACAUGUCAAUUCAGCAAAUGCGAAGAGCUAAGAAUCAACGGUGCGUCGAUGUCUUGCACAGAUUCGAACAUGUACAAGUCUGUGUGUACGAUUCAAUGCAACGCGGGAAGAAGACGCCAAGGACCGGCGAAACAAAUCUGCAGAGGUUUACAAGUUCCUUCUUGGCAGGGAGUCGAUGAAAUCGGAGCGACCAAAUGCGUACAAGACAUUGAUGGAUAA